GGCAAUGUGGUCUGGCUGACUUGCUGUUCUGCCUCCCAGUUGUAAUCAGUAGUUAUUAAAACAUGCUACUUAUUCUAACAGUGUUAACUUUAGUGGUUACUUGCACUGCUGGGAAAACUAGGACAUGGCUUUCAAAUACAAAUUUUGACAAUCCGGCCAACUGGGAAGGGAACAAACUGCCAUGCAGUACGAGCAAUGUUAUUUUUCCACUUAAACACAAAAUGCCUGUACAACUUGGGAAAGAAUUACAGAUUCACUCACUCUUCCUCUCAGACAAUGGAGCCCUGCUCCUUCCAAAAAAUGGAAAAAUUACAUUUACGAGUGAAACAAAAGAUUCUUCUUGUGGCGGUGGAGAUAUUAGGUUCACAAGAAGAAAACAGCGAUAUUGGAUAGAUCCUGAAAAUUGGAGCGGCAGUAACGCUGCGACCCCGCACCUCGAGAGGGUCCCUUGUUUUGACGACGAACUCAUCUUUCCGGAGAAUCACUCUUUCUACGUCGGCUUGCCGAGAUUUUUCUCUAAUGCCGCCUCAGUUACAAUUGAUGGCCAGAAAUUAGUUGGAUGGAAUUGGAAGAAAUUUCUCAAUGACAAAAUUGGCAGGCGGACCUUUCAACCUCAUUUAGCUCCGCUAGCAGUGUACAAUUACCCGUGCCCACAGAACGAUGACUGCGACUGCCACAUAAUAACGUAUGAUGAAGAAAUCUGCCCGCUGAUGAAGGUCGAAAACGCAGAGGAAGACUGCCACUUUCCAGUCCUCCCUUUUGGGUUUUGUAACAGUAUCUGCGGUGCUUACAUUUUGCUCAAAGGGGGAAAUUUAGGUGAAAUUAGAAGAGAACUGGACGAGUUCACAUCAGAAAAUGGUGUUAUCGGCCACGUCAGCAAGACCAACGGAUACAUCCAGAUUGUGCUCGUGGAAAAAGGAGAUUACACUGGCAACAUUGAACAUUUGGCUUCUCAAUUCAAAGAAAAGAUUUCUUCGAAAAAACUAUUUAAAACUUAUGUGAAAUUAGAAACGAGCAAACAGGCCGUUGUCAAAAACCCCGUUCAAAAGGCCAUUGGGUAUAUUUUCUUCUACUUAUUCAUAGCUGUGGCAAUUUUAUGCACAGUUAUACUUUACUAUCAAGACUAUUGUGUCAAUGUGCCGUUUCCCAGCUUCGGAUCGACGGCGGAGCUGGGAGCGUUCAGGUUCGCCAGGUUUCAGAACGAAUCUGGAUCCGGGGAUGAGGAUGGUGAAAUUUUGGAAGUGUGUCCGCCAGAUCCUGCUAGAGAGGAACGAAGGCAGUCUUUUUACAAUCCAAUUUAUUCCCAGGAUAAGGAAGGUCCUGAUGAUUCCUUUACACUAUCGACACUGACUCAAUUGGAGGCUGACGUCGCAGAUUCAACGCCCUCGAAUAACUAACACUGCAAUUUAAUGUAAUAUUAAUUAGUAAUGUAAUAAGAAUAUGGUAAUAUAAUAUAAAUAUUCAAACAUU